GCUUCGGAGACCCGCCAUGGACGGCCGGGGGGCGCAGAAGAUCAGCACCGGGACGACCAUCAUGGCUGUGGAGUUUGACGGAGGGGUCGUAGUGGGGUCUGACUCCCGGGUCUCUGCUGGAGAUUCCGUGGUGAAUCGCUUCUUCAACAAGCUGGAGCGCCUCCAUGACCGGAUUUACUGCGCGCUCUCUGGAUCGGCAGCCGAUGCCCAGGCCAUCGCCGACACAGUGAAUUACCAGCUGGAACUCCACAGCCUGAACAUGGACGAGACCCCGCUGGUCCUGGCCGCGGCCACCUUGGUGAGGAACAUCAGCUACAAAUACAAGGAGGAGCUCUCCGCCCACCUCAUGGUGGCAGGAUGGGACCCCAAGCAAGGAGGGCAAGUUUACGGGACCAUGGGGGGCAUGCUGACCCGGCAGCCCUUCGCCAUCGGGGGAUCGGGCAGCACCUACAUUUACGGCUACGUCGACUCAGCCUACAAACCCGGAAUGACCCAGGAGGAAUGUCGCCAGUUCACCAAAAAUGCUAUCGCCUUGGCCAUGUCCCGGGACGGAUCCAGCGGGGGCGUCAUUUACCUCGUAACUAUCACGGAAGCUGGCGUCAAGGAAGAAGUUAUCCUGGGAGACAAGCUCCCCCAAUUCUAUGAUAAAUGA